AUGGAAGACCUUUCAGCUGAACGAUCAAUCAAGGUUAAAUUUCGACCUUCAGCUGGUGACGACUUCGAAUAUUGUUUUGAUCCUGGGCAGUUGACGGUACAACAAUUAAAAGAGAAACUUGUUUCACAUACCACCAUACCAGCUGAUAGUAUGCGUUUGGUAUAUUCUGGAAGAGUUUUAAAGGAUGAGGACAUGGUUGAGAUAUAUGGAGUCAAAGAAGGUCAUACGAUACAUGUAGUUCGAGGGGCAGCAAAUCGUGCAUCAGAGCAAGCGGCACAACCAGUAACUCCACGAAAUCCCAAUUCAAAUCCAUCAUCAAAUACUUUUACAAUUAAUCCUCUUGGAUUAGGAGCUAAUUUGGAUCAAGAUUUUAUGAGAAGUAUGAUGAAUUCACCAAUGUUUCGGCAACUUUUAUCUAAUCCAGAAAUUGUGAGGUCAAUGGUUAUGCAAAAUCCAACUAUGAGACAAAUGAUUGAACGAAAUCCCGAAAUUGGUCAUAUAAUUAAUGAUCCAUCUUUCAUUCGCCAGACUAUGGAUAUGGCCCGUAAUCCGGAAUUAAUGAGAGAAAUGAUGCGUAAUAAUGAUCGAGCUUUGGCAAAUUUAGAAACUAUACCUGGAGGGUUUAAUCAUCUGCGGCGAAUGUAUCAUACAUUACAAGAACCAUUGGAAUCAGCUGGUCGACACAAUGAUCAAUCAUCCGAAGCAGCUAAUCAACGUUUAGCUCAACUUUUAAAUGUUGAAAGACCACCACCACCUACAGGAAUAUCACCUUUUGCUUUCUUGGGUUUUCCACCAGCUCAACUAGUAUGA